AUGGCUCAGCGCUCCGCUCACCCUGUCGUCCCCAUCGCGCUGCUGGUGUUCGGACUUGUUGCAAUCCUGCUCCUGACCAUCCCCACCAAAGACGUCCAGGAGGCACCGGGGUUCAUGUAUGGAAUUGUCUUGGAUGCUGGAUCUUCGCACACAGCUUUGUAUAUAUACAAAUGGCCAGCAGACAAGCAAAAUGGCACAGGCGUGGUCACCCAGCACAGUGAAUGCCAUGUUAAGGGUGGAGGGAUCUCCAGCUAUGCGGGCCAACAGGGAGCAGCAGGGAAAAGCUUAGAGGCUUGUCUGGACCAGGCAGUGAAGGACAUCCCCAAAGAAAGACAGCAGAUCACACCUGUGUACCUGGGAGCCACAGCUGGCAUGAGGCUUCUACACAUCUCAAGCCCGGAGGUGUCAGGUCAGAUUCUGCAGGAAGUGGGCCACAAAAUCCAGUCAUACCCUUUCAGCUACCAGGGGGCGGCCAUACUGAGCGGUCAAGAGGAGGGGUCGUACGGCUGGGUCACCGUCAACUAUCUCUUAGAGAACUUCAUAAAGUAUGGUUUCAUAGGGAGCUGGUUUAGCCCCGGCAAGCCAACAGUGGGAGCGCUUGAUUUCGGCGGAGCGUCCACCCAGAUAACAUUUUCGACUCAAGAGGAAGUGGAGGACAAACAGGACAUGAUAAAGCUGCGUCUUUAUGGCCAGGAAUACUCUCUGUACACACACAGCUUCCUGUGCUACGGGCAGGACCAGGUCCUCAAGAGACUGCUGGCUCACAUAGUGAAGUCUCAGGGUUACUCUGGGUCAGUCACUCACCCCUGCUAUCCUGCAGGCCACAAUAUAACUUUAAAGUUGAACAGUGUAUUCAACUCUCCGUGCACAGCACAGUACAAACCCAGCUCCAACGACUCCCAGGCCUCUCUGAUGGUGCAAGGCAGCGGACAUUACGAACACUGUAUGAGCAACAUGUCCGAGAUCUUCUCCUUCGACGGCUGCCCCUUCUCUCAGUGCUCCUUUGAUAACGUCUUCCAGCCAAAUGUCACCGGUAGCUUCAUGGCGUUCUCUGCAUUCUUCUACGUUCACUCCUUCCUGCAGCGCACCACCAGUAUCACUGUGAGAACUCCUUCACAACUGGAGGAGGCAUCCAAAACUGUGUGCAGCAUGACUAUCAAACAAAUGCUGCUUCUUGCUCCACAGCAAAAGUCUCGUUUGCAGGACUACUGUGCUUCGACUGUGUUCGUUAAGAUUCUCAUGUUGAGAGGAUACGGCUUCGAUGAGACGUCGUUCCAACACAUUUCCUUCCAGAAGAAGGCAGGGGACGCCUCGGUGGGUUGGGCUCUGGGCUACAUGCUGAGUUUGAGCAGUUUACUGCCGGCAGAGACUGUGGGGCAGAGGAAGGCCCUGACCCCAGGAGCGUGGGGAACGCUCAUCUUUCUCUUUGUCCUCCUGCUCGCAGGGGUCCUGGUCUUCAUCUUACUCCGAGCUUGUGAUGGGAAGAAGAAAGGAGGAAGUGACAGCACCAUCUAGAUACUGUAACAUACAGUGCAGUCAGAAAACAAUAAGACAGCAACAGGUUUCUGUUUGUGUUGGCUCUGUACUCCAGCUGAAAUCUGAAUCUGAAAUUAAACUAUGAGGUUAAAGAGCUGAUUUUAGCUUAUUUAAGGGUUUUCACAUUAUAAUAGGUGAACAUGUUAUGAGAAACUUGUAAAUGAUGUGUAGGAAUGAGUUCCAACACCUCAUUUACAAGUUUUCUUUAAUGUGUUUCUGAAAAAGGUUCUAAGAAAAGUCCAUGUCAGAUUCAUGACGUCUUCUGAAAUAAUUAGCAGGUAAACGUAUCGAGUAUCAAGUCAAGAAUGCCCAAACAAAAGUCUAAAGAGGGUGGAGCAUGCUAUUGCUUGUUCAGUGUUGAAGUGUUCAUUUAUAAGACCAUUAUUCUGAAAAUAAGUAGUAAAAAAUAAUUAUUGUAAUUUAAAUCCUGUAGAAUUGAAGAAAACGCAAUAACCAAUUAUUUUGCACAAACAUGUCAAAUGUACGUAAGUAGUGCUCUUACGCACAUUCGCUCAUUUACGCAACAAAUCCCACAUUAGAAAACAUUGGUAAAUAUCAGAAUCAUCUGAGUAAGUGGGUUAUAAAAAGAAAUGACUUCUUAAGAACUGUUGGUGAAUGAGACCCAAUGAUCCUAAACAUGGGGACCGCACUGUAUAUUCACUGAUUGCAAAGGAUUUGACUACAAUUGCAUAAUUAGAAUCACUAUAUUUGGAGUUGUGUUGAUGUGUAUUUACUCUCUGAUUCCUACAAUUGUAGGACUAUAAAAACAACUACAACUCCUCCUUUAACUUCACUCUCUUUUUUGUUUUAAUUUAAAAUCUAAUGUUCGGGAGUAUCGAGCCAACACAAUGAAAAACAUGUCACUGACCAAAUACUGUGUGACUGCCCUGUAGGUUUAAGAACAUAGUACUCCUGUGAUGGCACUGGCACUACAGGGGAGGUCUGAAUGUAAUUUUAUUCUUGAAAAGUCAAACCUAUUUUUUCUGUAUGGAACGUAAAGAAUUCCAGUUUUUAGUUUAGUUUUGUAUAAAGUGUGACCGUAAUCUGAAGGACUGUAUCACACUGCGGAGCAAACACUAUUUAAUUAUUAUCUUUUUAUAUUCAAAGAUGUUUAUCAGGUGGCAGUCUUUAUUCACAUCUGUCUGCCCAGAACAACAGCAGGUGUUUGCAAAUUACUAACAUUUGUUGACAGAGACAAACUCCAGUCUCAUAAACCUUUUGUCACAUGGAAGAGGUCGAUAUCUGAUAGAAAAGAGCUCUUAAAUCACUCACAUGCACAUUUUGUUUACUUGAUGUCUGUAGGAUGACCUAGUAGUUGCUGAUACAGUUUAAGUUAAACUAGUAUACCACACUCCCCGUAUAAAAUACAGAAAGGAAUGUUAUGUCUUUAAGGUACAGAACAAAACGUGCACCUAAUCUGCCCCAAAAAAUAAUGUACUCACAUAGUUUAAGUUUAUAUUUGUCUUUCUUCUUCUUUUUUUACAGUAACACAUGUUUCAGUAAUGAAUUCACAAAUUAGCAUAAGACAAUACAAGUAUAACUAAGGUUUGAAGUCGUGAUCAGUUUUAGUUGACAGUGUUUGUCUUUGAAUCUGACUUGUGGGGUUGUUGCACUGUAAGGGACAUUUUGCACCAUAUAACUAGUAUUUAAGGGUUGCUUUGUUGGAUUGGAUGACAAACUACUUGCAUUAAUGUUAUUGUGCCCACCCCCUAUGCAUUAUAAACAUGCGGUAAACUAUGAGGUAAACAUGAAAACAAUUUAACUGUGCGAAAAAUCAUUAUAAAGAAAUGUAUGCUGCAACAUAAAGACAUUCCAAUAUGUAUGCAGGUGUGCUGGCAUAAGAAGCCAAAGGCAACUCUUGACAAGGAUUAUAAUUUAGAUUUUGGUAGCAGCAAUUGUCUGGGCACCUUUUUCAAGAAUUUCUAAGAUCCAUUAAAGCCCCUGCAUGUGGAAUGUUUUUGUACUGGUACAUUUUACCAUCUUUCAAAUUAUUCUUGUGGCAUAAUAUGUUUUUGCAGGAUUGGAUAAUCCUGGUGGAAAUUGUUGCAAUUUUCUGUGUGUGGCUUUCAACCCAUUGGAUCAAUGUUAGGUGAAACAACUGUGACAAUACGUUUAACUCAUUUUAUACCUUACCAAUAUUUUCCCUAGAAUUGGCCUCUUUAAAUGCUUAGUUAAUACUAAAUCAUUUAGAAUGUUUAAUUAUCAUGGCAUUACAAUGCUCCCUGUGUGUAGUUGUAUGUUUUACACUGGUUUAACCCAGAUAACAAAAUAAAUGUUUUGUUUUUCCUUUGUA